AUGGCAGAGGAAAUAUCGCGGGAACUUGGUGGUACCUGGGUACUAGAGCGGAGCGAAAAUGUCACAGAAUAUCUGACAGAGCUGGGAGUUGGACCCUGUGAACGCAAAUCGUUCUCGGACGAAACCGCUUCACAAACAAUUAGCGUCACUGAUGACGUUAUACACCUUGAGAUGAAGUACGGCAAAAGACAGAUUAAGAUGGAUUUUAAAUUAGACGAAGAGUUUGUCAUCAACGCUGGAAAACCAAGCAAAGCAAUUGCUUCCUGGAUGAACGGUGCUAUGGUGAUCAACACUUGUCGUGUAGAAUGUGGUAGACAGCAACAAAUAGAAAGAAAACGAAAAGGCGACAAGUUAAUUCAGAGAUCUAAAUUAACACUAAAUUAG